UAAUGGCAAUACUAUGACACCAGCCGACGAUAUUGGACACAACAAUGACGAAAAGUUUUCUCACAGCCCUCAGCAACAGCAGCAGCAGCGGCGGCAACAAAACAACAAAACAACAUGGCAAACCCGCACCAGCCUCUGGCUUCCUUGCGUCCUUGCUUGCCUGCUCGGGCAACCACCGUGGCCACCAGGUCCUACCCAGUACGCCUCCCACCUCUGGCAUCACGAACUCAUCACGGCUCCUGGCUGUCAAGUUACAACUAUCUAUAGCCAUCUGCCUAUUCCCAUGUGCCCCAGCCGUCGCUGGCGAGACAUGCCGUGCUUUAGUUUUGCUCUGCAACCGACCACUUUUAGUUCCCCCCCAUCACAAGUGACAGCAAGUUACAGCGAGUUACAGCAAGUCAGCAACGUGGCGCCUGAAACGAACGCUGUGGGUGCAGAAGUCGCAGCGCAAAACGGCUUCUCCAGGUCCCGUUCGAAUCCAACGGCCCUGCAGCCAGCCCCGCGUGAGCCAUGUCUGCAUUCUCCAGCUCCAGCACCAGUAGCCGUCUGCAUCUUGCCUUUGGCUGCCACCUACUCAGUGUGUACAUACGUAUGUAUGCAUCUGAGCAAACACUAG